AUGUGGAAGAACAGGCGUUAAACGCGGCCGGUGAGGUGAUCCGAGGACGGAGAACAACUGCUGAUAACCGGAUCAAUACUUAAAAAUGAAGGUGUGUGUGUGAGCUGAUGUGGACGUGAAUUCAGCAGAAUGGACCAGUGUGAGGACAGAGAGGAGGGAGUCCCUCCCUCUAAAACCUCUCUGUGUGGGGAACAUGAGAGUCGGAGCAAAGCUCAGAGGAAUCAACCUGGACCUGGACCUGAACCUGGACCUGGACCUGGACCUGGACCUGGACCUGAACCUAAACUUAAACCUAAACCUGGAUCUGGACCCAGCUGUUUAUCCUUGAAGAGCGACAAGUCAAAGGAAUAUGUUAUUAACUUUAAAGGAGACCAACGUUCUGCUGUAGAGAGAGUGGACCAGCAGAGCUCAGAGCCUCCCAGCGGUCCAUCUGUCCAGCAGCAUCAGACACAGCUGGACUCCAUAUUUCUGCUGCUGGAGGACAACAUUGUCAUGUUUGUAAAGAACGAGUUGAAGAAGAUGCACAUGGGUCUUAGUCCAGAUUACCCAGAAUCCCUAGAGAAUCUGUUGCAGGGUGAUUAUGAAGAGCAGAGGAGGAGCAGCAGAGAUGCGUUUGUGAAGAUCACAGUGAACUUCCUGAGGAGAAUGAAGCAGGAGGAGCUGGCUGAGCGUCUGCAGAGCAGUUCUUUUGCUGCAGUUUGUAAAAAGCAGCUGAAGUCUAAGCUGAAGAAGAAGUACCGGUGUGUGUUUGAGGGGAUUUUUAAAGCAGGAACCCCAACCCUUCUGAAGCAGAUCUACACAGAGCUCUACAUCACAGAGGGAGGGACUGGAGAGGUCAACGAUGAACAUGAAGUUAGACAGAUUGAAGCAGCAUCCAGGAAACCACAUAGAGCAGAAACAACCAUCAGACAGGAAGACAUCUUUAAACUCCCACCUGGAAGAGAUGAACCAAUCAGAACAGUGAUGACAAAGGGAGUGGCCGGCAUUGGGAAAACAGUCCUAACACAGAAGUUCAUUCUGGACUGGGCUGAAGGCAGAACCAACCAGGACAUCCAGUUACUGCUUCCAUUCACCUUCAGAGAGCUGAAUGUGCUGAAAGAGAGAAAGUUCAGCUUGGUGGAACUUGUUCAUCACUUCUUCCCUGAAACCAGAGAAAUCUGCAGGUUUGAAGAGUUCCAGGUCGUGUUCAUCUUUGACGGUCUGGAUGAGAGUCGACUUCCUCUGGACUUCUACAACAAUGAGGUCCUGACUGAUGUUACAGAGUCCACCUCAGUGGAUGUGCUGCUGACAAACCUCAUCAGGGGGAACCUGCUUCCUUCUGCUCGUCUCUGGAUCACCACACGGCCCGCAGCAGCCAAUAAGAUCCCUCCUGAGUGUGUUGACAUGGUGACAGAGGUCAGAGGGUUCACUAACCCACAGAAGGAGGACUACUUCAGGAAGAGGUUCAGAGAAGAGCAGCAGACCAGCAGGAUCAUUUCCCACAUCAAGACAUCACGGAGCCUCCACAUCAUGUGCCACAUCCCAGUCUUCUGCUGGAUCACUGCUACGGUCCUGGAGAAAGUCCUGGAAACCAGAGAGGGAGGGGAGCUGCCCAAAACCCUGACUGAGAUGUACAUCCACUUCCUGGUGGUCCAGGCCAAACUGAAGAAGGUCAAGUAUGAUGGAGGAGCUGGGAUGGAUCCACACUGGAGUCCAGCUAGCAGGAAGAUGGUGGAGUCUCUGGGAAAACUGGCUUUUGAGCAGCUGCAGAAAGGAAACCUGAUCUUCUAUGAACCAGACCUGAGAGAGUGUGGCAUCGAUGUCAGAGAGGCUUCAGUGUACUCAGGGGUGUUCACACAGAUCUUUAGAGAGGAGAGCAGCCUGUACCAGGACCAUGUCUUCUGCUUCAUCCAUCUGAGUGUUCAGGAGUUUCUGGCUGCUCUUCAUGUCCAUCAGACCUUCAUCAAGUCUGGAUUCAACCUGCUGGAGGAACAAAGAAACACUGAGACUGACCUCCAUCAGAGCUCCCCUGACUUCCUCCUGCUGAGACAUGUUCUUCCUAAAGUGUUUUUCCUUGAGCAUGAACACACUGACCUCUAUCAGAGUGCUGUGGACAAGGCCUUACGGAGUCCAAACGGACACCUGGACUUGUUCCUCCGCUUCCUCCUGGGUCUUUCACUAGAGACCAAUCAGACUCUCCUACGAGGUCUGUUGGAACCAAAACAAAGAAGAUCACAGACCAAUCAGGAAACGGUUAAAUACAUCAAGAAGAAGAUCAGUAAGGAUCUGUCUGCAGAGAAAAGCAUCAACCUGUUCCACUGUCUGAAUGAACUGAACGAUGGUUCUCUGGUGGAGGAGGUCCAACGGUCCCUGAGGUCUGGACGUCUCUCCACAGAUGAACUGUCUCCUGCUCAGUGGUCGGCUCUGGUCUUCAUCUUACUGUCAUCAGAAGAUCUGGAGGUGUUUGACCUGAAGAAAUACUCAGCUUCAGAGGAGGUUCUACGGAGGCUGCUGCCGGUGGUCAAAGCCUCCAAGAAAGUUGAGUUGAGUGACUGUAACCUAUCAGAGGACAUCUGUGCAGAUCUGUCCUCAGUUCUCAGCUCUCAGUCCUCCUUUCUGACAGAACUGGACCUGAGUAACAACCACCUGCAGGAUUCAGGACUGAAGAAGCUGUGUCCUGGACUGGAGAGUCCACACUGUCACCUGGAGUCUCUCAGGUUGAGUGGUUGUAACCUAUCAGAGGACAUCUGUACAGAUCUGUCCUCAGUUCUCAGCUCUCAGUCCUCUAGUCUGACAGAACUGGACCUGAGUAACAACCACCUGCAGGAUUCAGGACUGAAGAAGCUGUGUCCUGGACUGGAGAGUCCACACUGUCACCUGGAGUCUCUAAGGUUGAGUGACUGUAACCUCUCAGAGGACAUCUGUGCAGAUCUGUCCUCAGUUCUCAGCUCUCAGUCCUCCAGCCUGACAGAACUGGACCUGAGUCACAACGACCUGCAGGAUUCAGGACUGAAGAAGCUGUGUCCUGGACUGGAGAGUCCACACUGUCACCUGGAGUCUCUCAGGCUGUCAGGCUGUCUGAUCUCAGAGGAAGGCUGUGCUUCUCUUGUCUCAGCUCUGAACUCCAACCCCUCCCAUCUGAGAGAGCUGGACCUGAGCUACAACCAUCCAGGAGAGUCAGCAGGGAAGCUUUUCUCUGCUGGACUGGAGGAUCCCCGCUGGAGACUGGACACUCUCAGGGUGGAGCCUGCUGGACAACGAUGGCUGACACCAGGUCUGAGGAAGUAUUCCUGUCAACUGACCAUCGACACAAACACAGUCAACAACAACAUCAAACUGUCUGACAACAACAAGAAGAUGAUGUAUGUGGAGGAGGAUCAGUCAUAUCCUGAUCAUCCAGAGAGGUUUGAUGUUCUUCCUCAGCUGCUGUGUAGAGAAGUUCUGACGGGUCGCUGUUACUGGGAGGUCCAGAGGAAAGGAUAUGUUGAGAUAACAGUGAGUUACAGAAGAAUCAGCAUGCAAGGAAACGCUGAUGGCUGUGGGUUUGGACAGAACGAUCAUUCCUGGAGUCUGGACUGUUCUGAUGAUGGUCGGUACUCUGUCUGGCACAAUAACAGAGGAACAUCUUCCUCCUCCUCUUCCUCAGUCUCUGACAGAGUAGCAGUGUACGUGGACGUUCCUGCUGGAACUCUGUCCUUCUACAGCGUCUCCUCUGACAGACUGAUCCACCUCCACACCUUCAACACCACAUUCACUGAACUUCUCUAUCCUGGGUUCGGGUUCGGGUCUAGUUCUGGUUCUGGUCCUGGUUCAGUGUCUCUUUCUCUGUGUUGAAUGCAGUCUCAAGAGUCUCCUCCUGUCAGACAAACUGUAUCUGUUGGACAGAUAGUUCAGUCUGUACAUGUCAUCCAUCAAUCCAUCCACCCCUCAAUCCAUUCAUCCAUCCAUCCAUCCACCUGCCCGCCCGCCCGCCCGCCCAUCCAUCCAUCAUUUCUGGAGAUCUGGAUCAGAUGCACAACAUCUCAGAUAUUUUUAUAUAUUUCCUUAAGACUUUCCGUUUAAUCAAGGGUGUUUGGUAUCAUCUGGUCAUCUGAUGAAUAUUUGCUGCAGGUUUCUUGACACUUUCUCUUUUGGGUGAGCAAUGUUUUCCUCGUGGGGAUGGGUGUUAUCCAAAGGAGGGAUGCCCCGAUACCAUUUUUUUUUCACACCGAGUAUGAGUAUUUUAAUUUGUGUACUCGCCGAUACCGAGUACCGAUCCGAUACUUCUACCACAAAAAUAACUAGACAAAAAAUGCAAUGAAAAAUGCAAUGAAUUGGAAGACAGGUUUUAUUUGCAACAGUUUGCGUCAUCCCUUAUUUUGAAAUAUGUCCACACUGCUGACAUCCCGCUUGCAUUAAUUGUUGCCAUCUUGUCUGAAACAGCGCUGCCAGUCUGACUCACGGGUAUCACUCUCUUCUCAUCACCACGCUAUGCUUAUGGGAUUGUUUAUGUUGUUUCACAUGGAGGGCUUCAGGUGAAGCACCGCACAUCCGCAGUUGAUGUACCUGCGAUGGGACUAUGUCUUACUGUGAGUUACGUGGAGUGUGUAAUAAAGUUCCCUGUGAGUAAGGGUAAUACUCAACCGUCCAGUUUGUAUAAUUAAAGAAGAUAGAACAAACUGAAACACGGAACAGCUGGCUGAGCAGCGGCGGCUCCGCCCCCAGGCUGCACACUCACCCGGGGAGCCGCGGGGCGGCUAAACAUCUCCCCCUAGAGUCACUAACCAGUAACUACAACAACAAUGAAGUAUCGGUGCGUGGUAUCGGAACAUUUUUGCGAGUACGAGUAUAUGAGAGCAGUAUCGGCCCCGAUACCGAUACCAGUAUCGGGACAUCCCUAAUCCAAACAAGAGCUACUGAUGUGGGAAGUGGCCCUAAACGUGAUGUUUUUAAUAUAU